AUUAUGACGUCACGCAGAGGCGCGCCGAGGCCAGCUUGUUUGUAAAUGUAGAGUUUAGCAUAAAAUGUGGGAAAUUUUCUGGUCCGCGUUUGGUUUUAAGUGAUGAAAAGGCAACAAAAGGCAGCAAAAUGUGGAUUCUGACGCCGCUGCAGCCCGGAGGUGGAACUCAUUACCUCCUCUCUGGUAAAGAGUAUGUUGUGGGACGUAAGAACUGUGACAUCCUCCUCCCCAGCGAUCAGUCCAUCAGCAGGGCUCACGCUCAGCUCACUGCUUCUGAUGAGACUCUGAUUCUAAAAGACACCUCCAAGUACGGCACAUUCGUCAACAGCGAGCGUCUCACAGCACCAGUGAGCCUCAAGUCAGGAGACGAAGUGACGUUUGGAGUUUUUCACAGCAAAUUCAGUGUGGGUCGUCAGAAGCCUGUGGUUUGUUCAUCAUGUCUGAACAACGAAGGCAAAGCGACACUCUCUCAGGCUCUGCAGGCUUUGGGUGGAAACCUGGUCAACACCUGGACCGAGGACUGCACACACCUGGUCAUGCCUUCUGUUAAAGUCACCAUCAAGACGAUUUCUGCUCUGCUGUGCUGCCGUCCCAUCGUGAAGCCGGAGUUCUUCUCAGAGCUCAACAAAGCCGUGCAGCAAAAGUUAGCGCCUCCUAAAGCUGAGAGUUUCACUCCUGAAAUUGACGAGCCCAGCCUGAAUAAAGAGGAAGUGAACCUCGGAGUGAUGCCGGCUCGCCAACAGCUUUUCACUGGGAAGACCUUUGUUUUCCUGAGCGCCAAACAGCUGAAGCGCCUGAGUGCAGCGGUGAAGUUUGGAGGCGGCAGCAGUCAGCUGCUGGAGGAAAGUUCGCUGCUCAGAAACCUGCUGGAGUCUCCACAGACCUGCGUGAUCGAUGUUAUAACAGGAAACUCCCAAACUCUGCUGCCUCCGUCCACCACCGAGUGGGUAAACUCUGUGAGGAGCAUCGUGCAAAGAAAAGGCCUACGAGUCAUCACAGAGUCUGAAAUCGGUUUGGCUGCCAUCUACGCCUCCUGUGACAAAUACUGCAACCCGUCCAACCUGAUGCCAGACUCAGACUCUGCACCUAAAGUUAAACCCAGGAUUCCCAGCGCGUCGCUGUCUCAGAGCGUCGCUGUGGAUGAGACGGUUUUACCUGCAGCAACUCAGAACAUCACAGCUUAUGCAGCGAACACAGAGACUUCACAGAGGAUGGAGGUGUGUGAGGUGACCGGGGUGGCUGCAGUGGGAGAAACUCCAGAAAAGAAGCAAAACCAGCUCCGUGAAGCUCAGAACACAGCAGCUGAGUACGUCGUGGCCGAUACAAUGAGCUCAUCGCUCAACAUCACGGAGAACUCACAGAGGAAGAAACUUGACUCCAAACUCACAGAUGCAGGUACUACUGACGUCAUACUACAGCCCUCCUUUCCAAAGACCAACGGUGGAACGAAGGCUUCCUUCUUUAGGGAGUCUCCUCAAAAGCCUAAAACUUCUGCACAAGCCUCCCCACAGAAACAGUCGACUCUGAUCAACUUCUUCCAGCCGGUCGGCAAGAAAAGGCCUUGGGAGGAUGAAUUCUCAGAUGUCAUGUCGGAGCCAAAGCGACCCGUUCUGGAACCGUCCAUCACCGUCCACAAAACAAACACCACUAAAGAAAUCUCCUCACCUUCACUCAGAGGCGUUUCUGAGACUCCACCAGAGUCGGAGGCUGAUUUGUUCACAGGACGGCGAGAAGAACCACUGAACAGAAAGAGGAAGGAGAUGGAGGCGGAGAUACAGAUGGAGGAACUGGAGUCCAUCAUGUCUGAAGAUAUGGACGGCUUCGGCGAGCAGCUCUCAGAUGAGCAGACGCACAAAUCGGCCAAACAGAAACAAGGUUUGACUGCAGUGGAGUCUUCAAGCAAGAGGCAGCGGGUCCAGCGAGAAGAAGAAGCAAAUGGAACAAGCAGACAACUAAAGCUGCAGGCUGGCCUGGAGAAGAAGUCAAGUCUCCAUAACAUCCACAGCCAGAGACCUGAGCAGCACGUUGUCGUUGUGAAGACGGAGCCGCUUCACCCGACAGACUACAUGACGACUAAUAAAGAGUCCAGGAGUGAAAAACCAACUGCAAGCACAAGUAGAAACAUAAAACCUGUACAGGAUGAUGAUGCAUCCUUUGUUGAGGAUUUAGAGCUCAUCGAAGCAGAUAUUACCCAGCCUAAAGACGACACUAAAACUCUGAAACCUGUCAGGAUCAAGCAGGAGGUCCAAGAUUUAGAGCUCAUCGAAGCAGAUAUUAGCCGGUCUAAAGACGACACUAAAACUUCUCUGAAACCUGUCAGGAUCAAGCAGGAGGUCCAAGAGUCUAAGAUGGAUGAAGGCCUUCCUCGUAAUCAGGUGUUGGUGGAGUUCAGAUCUCUCACUGUGUCGGCUCCUCCGACAACCAAACAGAAACAGACGCACUCCAAUGGCUGCGCAAAGAACUUCAAGUGUUUCCGAAAGAACCGUGUGCCGGGUUCCGACGGAUUCCAGCACAUCAUUGGAGGAUCCGACCUGCUGGUUCACAACAGGGGCAAGAACACUGAUCUGGAUGAAUGGCUGAAGGAUGCAGCAGAGGAGGAGCGUCAGAGCAGGAGGGAAGAGGCUGUGGGAGACGACCUGUUCAGGUACAACCCCACCAAACUGGCCAAGAGACGAUGAAAUACCUUCAUCUAGAUGUCCUCCAGAGGGGAUUCAUUUCAAAGGAAGUACGUGUUCAUAGAAGGACUCAAGAAAUAUCAUCGAUUCUGUCAUAAUUCUUAUAUUUCUGUUCUGUCUUGUUCUUCUCUAAUUAAGCCGCUGACAGUAAGCAAUGUAACAAGAGAGUCUCACGAGUUUUCUCAAAGUUUUUAUUUGUCAAUAAUAAAAAAUAUGGCAUACAAAACAUUAAAAACUCUUCAGUUGUACAAGAGAGCUUGAAAACUCUA